AUGCUGACCAAAACCACCGUGAUAACGGGGCGACCAUCAGCGUAUCUCCAAAUGUUAGGACUUCUUCUUCCUCCUCCUCCUCCUCCUCCUCCUUCUUCUUCUUCAUUCAUAUCUAUCUAUCUAUCUAUCUAUCUAUCUAUCCCAUUCCCAUUCAUAUCUAUCUAUCGUAGUCGAUUCAUAUGUAUCUUUUUAUAUUGGUUCAUAUGUAUUUAUCUAUCUAUUUAUGUUUGGUUCAUAUUUAUCGACCUCUCUUACUUGGCUCAUAUCUAUUUAUUUAUCUUAAUUGGUUCAUUAUCUAUCUACUCGGCUCAUAUCUAUGUAUUUAUCAUUCUAACACGGCUUGUAUCUAUCUAUCAUUCUAACUCGGUUCAUAUCUAUCUAUCUAUCAUUCUAACUCGGCUCAUAUCUAUCUAUCUAACUCGGUCCAUAUCUAUCAUUAUAAGCCAUUCAUAUCUAUCAUUCUAA